UUUAUUGCCCGCUCUCCACUGCGGUCCUGUCCUCAGUCCCGACUCCCCAGUGUUCCCCCUUCCUCGAGCAGCAUCAUGUCUUGGCGUUCUAUCCACUUCAAGCGGUCCCAACCCUCCGCCGAGUCCAAGGAGAGCCGCGCCCAUCACAUCGAAGAUGUCGACGCCUCUACCCAGGUUAGCCAUUCCACCGCCAACGGUCAUGUCGACCCGGAUCUCCUCGCCCACUACACCAAAUACCCGAACAGAUGGUCUCGGGUCCGCGAGUGGAUCCGGGAGCCCGCCGCCGAGUUCUUCGGCGUCAUGAUCCUCAUCAUCUUCGGUGCUGGCGUCGACUGCCAGACACAGCUCUCCAAGAACGCGAACGUUGGUUCGAUGGUCUACGGCGACUACCUGUCCCUCAACUUCGGAUGGGCCGUCGGCACCGCUUUGGGCGUGUGGGUCUCUUCAGGCAUCUCUGGAGGCCACAUCAACCCCGCGGUGACCAUUGCGUUCGCAACGUUCCGGGACUUCCCCUGGCGCAAGGUCCCAACGUACAUCUUCGCCCAGCUCAUGGGCGGACUGUGCGGCGCCGGGAUCAUUUACGCAAAUUACAUCCAUGCCAUCGAUCUCGUCGAGGGUGGACGACACAUCCGCACCGUUCCCGGGACCGCCGGGUUGUUCUCGACGUACGCUCUCCCGUACAUGACCUCUGUGUCAGCGUGGUUUGAUGAGUUCCUCGGUACCGCCGUGCUGCUCAUCGUCGUCUGUGCUAUCAACGACUCGAGGAACGGCCCCCCGCCCCCGGGUCUCGUCCCCCUCGUCCUCUUCAUCCUGAUCCUUGGCAUUGGUGCUGCGUUGGGAAUGCAGACUGGCUACGCCAUCAACCCUGCGCGUGACCUCGGCCCCAGGCUUUUGACCGCUAUGGUCGGCUAUGGAGGUGCCGUCUUCUCGUUCAGGAGCCAGUACUGGCUGUGGUGCCCGGUCAUCGCUCCCAUCGUUGGUGCGCUCGUCGGCACCUUCUUGUACGAUCUCCUAUUCUUCACCGGCGCAGAGUCUAUCCUCAACAGGCCUGACAAGCACGCUCGGGCACUCCACCAGCGCGCCAUGGACACCGAGCGGCACCCUGUCCCCGCCGGCCUCAACGCCCUGGAGAUGGUCUAACCCACGAGCCACGACUUCAUGAAUCACGACCCGCACGGACUGUUAUCUGUCUAUCCUCUUCGUCGUAGAUAGGUGACGCAGAGCCCCCCGUGGGGGCCGUCACGUUUUGGUCCGUGCAUAGUUCCCGCUCAUGUCCUCGUCCCCUUCCUCCUACAUACCCUUUACCCCUCACGCGCUGUCGCCGCCAUCAUCCGGUCGGGUUCCGUCGAUGAUCAUGAAAUAGUUCACGUUCACGUCCCCAUCACGACCGCUAUUGUUACAAAACCGUACCCCCAUAUCCCCCACCCACCCCCUCCCCAUCCAUCACCCCCAUAUCCCCCCUGGACCCCCGGCGGACAUGCUACGUGCCCCUCGUCGCCUCCCCCCGCUCCGGUCCCCUGCAUCGUCCCGCGCCCCCUACCAUACUAGCAUUCUAUACUCGCC